AUGGAAGCUUACGGAGGGUUCAUGGUCGACGAGAAAGCCGUUACGGUUGAGAACGCUUUUUUGGAUUUUCUCAAAAGCUUCAAAUCUAGCCAACGGAACGAGCUUCAGUACGAAGCGGAGAUCGAAGUGAUGAGAGUCAACGAAUCCAACACCAUGUUCAUCGAUUUCGCCCACGUCAUCAAAUUCAGCGACCUCCUCCAGCAGACUGUCUCUGAUGAGUAUUUGAGAUAUGAACCUUAUUUGAAGAAUGCUUGCAAGAGGUUUGUAAUGGAACUCAAGCCGUCAGUUGUAUCCGACGAUGGCCCCAACAAGGAUAUCAACGUUGCUUUCUACAAUAUUCCCGUUAUUAAGCGGUUAAGGGAAUUGGGUACAUCAGAAAUCGGGAGGCUUGUAUCUGUUACAGGAGUUGUGACGAGGACAAGUGAGGUUCGACCUGAACUUCUCCAAGGGACUUUCAAGUGCCUGGAAUGCGGUAGUGUUAUAAAGAAUGUUGAACAGCAAUUCAAGUAUACUGAGCCAACAAUCUGUUCAAAUGCCACCUGUAGCAAUCGAACAAGGUGGGUAUUGCUUCGCCAAGAUAGCAAAUUUGCUGAUUGGCAGAGGGUCAGAAUGCAGGAGACAUCCAAAGAGAUACCUGCCGGCUCUCUUCCUAGGUCGUUGGAUGUUAUUCUUCGUCAUGAGAUCGUAGAACAGGCCAGGGCUGGUGAUACGGUGAUUUUCACAGGUACUGUUGUUGUUAUACCCGACAUAAUGGCACUGGCAUCUCCUGGAGAGAGAUCAGAGUGUCGUCGUGAUGCUUCUCAACGCAAGGGUUCUACCGCUGGAAAUGAAGGUGUGAGUGGCCUCAAGGCCCUGGGAGUCAGAGACCUCUCCUAUCGUCUAGCUUUUAUAGCUAACUCUGUUCAGAUUUGUGAUGGUAGAAGAGAAAUAGACAUCAGGAACAGAAAGAAGGAUGCUGAAGAAGAUGAUCAACAGUUUACUACGCAGGAACUGGAUGAAAUUCAACGAAUGAGGAUUACUCCAGAUUUUUUCACCAAAUUAGUUGAAAGUGUUGCUCCAACUGUUUUUGGUCAUCCAGAUAUAAAGAGAGCUAUCCUUCUUAUGCUCAUGGGUGGUGUUCACAAAUUUACUCAUGAAGGCAUCAACCUUAGAGGAGACAUAAAUGUUUGCGUUGUUGGAGAUCCCAGCUGUGCAAAAUCUCAAUUUCUUAAGUAUACUUCAGGCAUAGUUCCAAGAUCUGUGUAUACAUCUGGGAAAUCAUCAUCUGCUGCUGGCUUGACUGCAACUGUUGCCAAGGAACCAGAAACUGGGGAGUUUUGUAUUGAGGCUGGUGCUUUGAUGCUUGCUGACAAUGGCAUCUGUUGCAUUGAUGAAUUUGACAAGAUGGACAUCAGAGAUCAGGUUGCAAUUCACGAGGCCAUGGAACAGCAGACUAUUAGUAUCACAAAAGCAGGAAUACAAGCAACGCUUAAUGCUCGUACUUCCAUUCUUGCCGCUGCCAAUCCUGCUGGAGGACGCUAUGAUAAAUCUAAACCACUUAAGUAUAACGUGGCUCUUCCACCAGCUAUACUUUCAAGGUUUGAUCUCGUUUAUGUUAUGAUUGAUGAUCCAGAUGAUCAGACAGAUUAUCACAUAGCUCAUCAUAUUGUGAGAGUUCAUCAAAAGCGAGAAGCUGCUCUUGCUCCAGCAUUCACUACAGCAGAACUGAAGCGUUAUAUAGCAUAUGCAAAAACUCUUAAACCAAAGCUCACCUCAGAUGCCAGAAAACUACUGGUAGACUCUUACGUUGCUCUUCGUAGAGGUGAUACAAAUCCAGGGAGUAGGGUUGCAUAUCGUAUGACAGUUAGGCAGUUGGAAGCAUUAAUCAGGCUGUCAGAGGCCAUUGCACGGUGUCAUUUGGAAAAUCAGGUGCAACCUCGCCAUGUUCGUCUAGCAGUAAAACUUCUGAAAACAUCCAUAAUAAGUGUGGAGUCCAGUGAAAUCGAUCUGUCUGAGUUUCAAGAAGAAAAUCAGAAUGACGGUGCAGUUGGUGGCGAUGGAAAUGAUAAUAAUGGAGAUGUUAAUGAUAGAGGUGGUGAUGGAGAUGAUAAUAAUAGAGAUGCUAAUGAUGGAAAUCCAGCAGCCGAUGGAUCUAACUCCCGGGGGAUGAAACAAGCUGAUGGAAACGAUGGAAAUCCCGCAGAUGGGUCUAAACCUCAAGCGAAAAAACUCGUUAUAAGUGAUGAAUAUUUUCAAAGAGUAACCAGCGCCCUUAUCAUGCGUCUUAGACAACAUGAAGAGGCUGCUAUGCAAGGAAAUGGUUUGGCUGGAAUGAGACAAAAAGAUUUGAUUCAAUGGUACGUAGACCAACAGAACGAGAGAAAUAACUAUAGUUCGAUGGAAGAAGUGACAGCUGAAAUUUCUAAAAUUAAAGCUAUUAUAGAGAGUUUAAUUCGCAGAGAAGGUCAUUUGAUAGUGGUAGAUGAUGGGCAAGAGGCGGCGGCAGCUGAAGGAGGAGGCGCACCUAGAAAUAACCGAAUUUUAGCGGUGGCUCCCAAUUAUGUUAUUGACUGA